GCGAAGCAAAAAAGAAGCAGGAAGUAUUUUCAAAGACCAAUUCAUUCAUCAUCAUCACCUCUCGUUGGCGUAGUAUAAAUUUUAUUUACUAUAGUUGCUGCUGCAAUGCAAAGUGGGGAAUAGUUUUGUUGGGUUGAAUAUUCGUGGGGGUCAUUCUCAAAAGCGUAUAUAUUCUGUCUUGGGAUCAUCUUAUUAUCAUUGGUCCUUCAUCAUUAUUCCAUUUAUAUAUAUAUAUAUAUAAUUAAAUUUACUUAAACCACCGAUCCGAGAUGUUGUGAGGUUCGUGCGCACACAAAUCAAAUCCACACUAAAAUACACUCUUUCGAUCUCUAUCCUUCCGAGACAAGCGAAUUCUAAUUAAAGAAGUUGUUAUUGCUGUUUUUGAAAUCGGAGAAGGUAAAAAAAGAUAGAUAGAGAGGGGAAAAAGAAAAAAGAAGAAUGGGAGGUACAAAAGUAGAGGGGGGAUCAUCCUCUGCUGCUGCUGCUGCUAAUCGAAGGGAUCCAUAUGAAGUUUUGAAUGUUUCAAAAGAAGCUUCUGAUCAAGAUAUCAAAUCUGCUUACAGAAAACUUGCCCUCAAGUAUCACCCCGAUAAGAAUGCUGAUAAUCCUGUAGCCUCGGAACUAUUUAAGGAGGUUGCGUAUUCUUAUAACAUUUUAUCUGAUCCCGAGAAAAGAAGGCAAUAUGAUAAUUCAGGGUUUGAGGCUGUCGAUGCUGAUGGCACAGACAUGGAAAUUGAUUUAUCUAACCUUGGAACAGUUAACACGAUGUUUGCAGCAUUAUUCAGUAAGCUUGGGGUUCCUAUUAAGACAACUAUUUCCGCCAAUGUUCUUGAAGAUGCUUUGAGUGGAACCGUCACAAUCAAACCCCUUCCGCUAGGAUCAUCAGUUAGUGGAAAGGUAGAGAAACAAUCUGCUCACUUUUAUGGUAUCAAUGUUACUGAGGAACAAGCUCAAGCAGGGAUAAUAGUUAGAGUUACUUCAGGGGCCCAAAGCAAAUUUAAGCUACUGUAUUUUGAGCAAGACAAUGGUGGGGGCUAUAACCUGGCAUUGCAGGAAGACAGUGAGAAGACGGGGAAGGUGACAUCUGCAGGGAUGUAUUUCUUGCAUUUUCAAGUAUAUAGAAUGGAUUCAAGUGUUAAUGCGUUAGCAAUGGCGAAGGACCCAGAAGCUGCUUUCUUUAAAAGAUUGGAAGGUCUCCAGCCAUGUGAGGUCUCAGAAAUAAAAGCUGGGAUCCACAUAUUUGCAGUAUAUGGCGAUAAUUUUUUCAAGACUGCAUCCUACACGAUAGAAGCUGUAUGUGCGGCGACAUAUGAGAGCUCAACUCAUAAGCUCAAGGAUAUUGAACAACAGAUUUUAAGAAAGAGAACGGAUUUACGCCAAUUUGAAACCGAGUAUAGAAAGGCUUUGGCACAAUUUGAAGAAGUGACCAAUAGAUACACUCAGGAAAAGCAGAAUGUGGACGACCUUCUAAAACUACGAGACAACAUCCAAUCAUCUUUCACGUCUAAUAAGACGGUAAUUUCUGGGAGUAAAGUCAGUAAUGGAGGUAAUAAACCCGAAGAAAGCAGCCCUAGUGAAGAAGAUGGCAAAAAGUCUGCAAAGAAGAGAUGGUUCAAUCUUAGCCUCAAAUUAUCUGCCGAUAAAAAGCAACGUGAUUAAAUUGAUCACAGUCCCACUUUUGGCGUUUAUAUUGAUAAUUGUUUUCGUGAUUCUUAGGUUGUUUAUAAUGGCUUGUUCAUUUAGAUUUAGUUAUUGAUUAAAACAAAUGAUUUCUCAUCGGAUAUCUUAUACUUUGUUUCUUCAUAAACAACAAAUGUAUUUGUUUGUUAUGUAAUACGGAGUAUUUUUUUAUUUUUA